AUGAGAAAAGUGACCCUGAAUGCCAGCGUCUAUGUCAGACUGCAGAAAGAAAGACAGCUGGGCAAACAGAUUGCCCGCUACCCCGUCGUGCGGAGUGAAAUUCGCACGUUUUCCUUCGAUGGACGCACUACUCAGUGGGAACAAGACAAUGUGUUUGUGGGUCGAUUUCCUGACCGAGUGAUCGUCGGGUUAUUGCAUUCCAACACCUUCAAUGGAGACCUCACAAGAUACCCCUUUGCCUUUCAAAAGUUUGGGAUCACCCAAGUACGACAGACCUUGAAUGGAGAAGAAUACCCUUACAGAACCCUGCAACUGACUGGAGACCAAGCCUAUGAAGAUCUGCUGGGCUACGAUCGAUUUCUACAGGCCAUGGGUGCCUACAAUGAAGAUAAGAUCCCUAUGCUGCUGCCUGGUGAUUGGGGACAAGGCAAGAACUGCACGUUGUUCAUGUUCAACAAUGUGCCCAGUGGAAAAGCAGAUGACCCCCAGUAUCGCAACCCCCGUCAGUCGGGUAAUACGCGACUGAUUAUUGAUUUUGCCGCUGCAGUGGGUCAUAACAUCACCGUGUUGGUGUGGAGCGAGUAUGAAAACAUGUAUGAGAUCAAUCAUCUGGGAGGUAUAAAGUACAACAUCAACGGAUGAGGUUGCCUCAGAAGUCAAAAGACAUCGGUCAUGGAGUUUGUGGCGCUCAGUGAUACUGUGUUGCGGACCCUGGCCCUGGAGGACCCCGAAUUACGACGCGUGUUUCAUGGGGUGUACCCGGCCGACCAACUCCCCCGAUCCCCCGCCAUGAGUGUCCGUCAAGCCUACAUUGUCAACACCGAUCCAGCGGGAGAACCGGGACAGCAUUGGUUGGGCCUGUGGACGGAAAAGAACCAGUGCGAGAUCUUUGACAGUUAUGGGCUACCCCUGCACGUGUACACCAACCCGGAGUUGCACCAAUGGUGGGGUCGAUGGAAGUACCUGACGCGCAGUGACCAGACCCUGCAAGCCCUGGAUAGUCAAACCUGUGGCCAUUAUGCUUUAUUUUUCUUGAAAGCCCGUGCGCAAGGACGGUCCUAUCAAGAAUUUUUAAGUCAAUGGAGUUGCGACAAUUUAGUGUUGAAUGAUCAAAAAGUGGCCGAGCAGUUGAAACGGGUGAUUAAACAGGAAUUACAAGAUGAAGUCGAUGCCCGCCGACCUGAAGGGGGGUAAAAGAAUGUGAGCCGCCAGGCCUUUAUCACUUGUAAUCAUUGUGAGUGUUGACAUUAAAAAAAAACCAUAAAACCGACACGUUUUGUGCAUGAGUGGUCAUUGUAUCUCAUCAUGAUCACGCGAGCCGAUGUCCAGCGUGCGGUAGAUGCGUUCAUUGUCGAAGAAACCUUGUAUUGGUGGGAACACCCGAUCGAGCGGGUCAACACGGUCCAAGGCAUCGAUGCCUGGGAUGGGUAUCAUUGGUUAGUGGCUCGACAAUUGGCGCAAGACCAAGACUGGGUCUCCCUCAAGCACUAUAUGGACAGCAUGAACGAAACGUAUUUAAGAGAAACCAUGGAACGUUUGAUUCAGUCCGAGUCCCCCCGCUUAUAUCGCGAAUAUUGGACGGUAUGCCCAGACGACGACGACAGCGCGCCUCCACCCGUCGACCCCGCUUUCGCCAAAAUGGGCGAGGUAUCAUGAGCGUGUUGGCCAAAGCGUAUAAAAUUGGUGAUCAAUUGGGACGCGACAAACGGUAUAAACGCAUGGGUGCUAAAGGGGCCACCGGUCAUUAUCGACGUCACCCUCGACCGUGGGAAUCAUGAUCCGACAACCCAGCAGUGUGAUCAUCGCGGGCCCGUCGGGCAGUGGCAAGAGUGAAUUGGUGGAACAAUGGUUACGGUACCUGAACGUCUUUCAAGUCAAACCCCGCAAGAUUGUCUAUGCCUAUGAUCGUUGGCAACCCCGAUUCGAUCGUAUGCAAAAAAAGGAUGGGAUUCAGUUUCAUCGCGGGUUACCGGACCCCCGUCAUUUGACGCAAUGGUUUGGUCGGACGCGCGGCGGGGUGCUGGUCUUGGACGAUCUGAUGGAAGAAGGGGGACAAGACAAGCGCGUGUUGGAUUUGUUCACCAAAGAUUCGCAUCAUCGCAACAUCACGGUGCUGUAUUUGACGCAAGAUUUAUUCCCGCCUGGCAAAUUUUCCAAGACCAUCAAUCGCAACGCGCAUUACAUUGUGGCGUUCAAAAACCCCCGGGAUCAAACGGGUAUACGGACGAUUUUAUUACAAGCCUUUCCGGAUCGAUGGCGUCAAGUCUUGCGCCUAUUUAAACGCAUCACAUCCCGUCCCUUUGGCUAUUUGAUGUUGGAUGUACAUCCUGCGUCGGAUGAUCGCUACCGCCUGUGGAGUCAUUUAACGCCUCGAGAAGGCAAGGCGCAGGUCCACACCUUGCGUGCGGAUGUCCCUGCCGUUCGAAAACGAACUGCAACGAGAACUCGCCAGGGUCCGUCGACAAAGAGAAGGCGGACAACAUACUGAGUUAGCGUCUCGCAUGGACACACCGACCCUCUCGCCCGCGGGGGUAGGCUCCCCCUCGGUCCUCCGAGAUCUCAGCAGCAUGACGGACAUGGUGGCCGAAUUGUCUCGACCCGUGGAUCGUGCCCAAUUGGAGCAAGACAUUGACGAUUUUAAUUUGACUUAUCCAGUCAAUGUAGACGAUGCCUUGGAUGCGUUCACGUUACCGCCUGUGGCGGGCACUGGCACUGCCCCCACCACCACCACGGCACCGCCACCACCCCCCAUCACCACCACGGCCACUCAAACCCGUCCCACCACAUCGACCCGAACACGCCCCACCACGGCCACUCAAACCCGUCCCACCACAUCGACCCGAACACGCCCUGCCACCACCGCCACGACCACCACCGCACCUUCCCGCCCCUCCACUAGCCGCCGCAGCGCUGGGGCAGGGACCAGGACCACUACCUCCACGGUGACGACCCCCACUGGACGUCCCACCAUUGCUGCCAAACAACCGCGACGACGUCCCCGGGUGCCCUCCCCACCGUCCCCCGAUUCGUCCCCUCCGUCCGAUGAUGAGGAUGGCGAUGAUGACGAUGACGAUCGACGUCAAGGAUUAAGGCGACGGUUGGAUUUGCUCAAUGAAGAUGCUCAACAACGGGCUCGGGGCAGACGUAUUCGCAAUAUCACGCACACCAAUACCGUCACCACAGUCUACGAAGAUGGGGGAGGGCGACCUUCGGUGCGCCGCACAUCCACCCGAACCUCCAGUCCAAGUCCACCCAGACCACCACGUCGAGGACGAGGCCGUGGCCGAGCACGUGGACGGGGUCGAGCACGCGGACGGGGCCUACGCCCGUGAACAAAAAAGGAUAUAAAAACAGGGACCUCCCUUCCAUCGUCCCAAAAUGUGUGGCCGUUGUCGACACGCGAUGGCUCGGAAACGCAAACGCACCAGGACUCGACGUCGACCACGGCGUGUGACCCACAGUCAAGUAGGGGGUGUUGGAGUCGGCCUGCCUAUAGGGAUUCUCAAAGCCGGUUAUGGAAUCACCAAAGCCAUCGGGGAUCAUCAAACCAAGCGCGCCAUCAAAAUUGGCGAAAAACGUCGACGGGAAGUGGCCUCAGGCAAACGGAAAAAAUAUGCGGGGGAAUCGUUUAAUUGUUCGAUCAUGUGAAAAAAAACGUAUAAAAAGCAAGAGGUGUGUCCUCCGUCAGACAGGUCAUCAUGCACUGUGGUCCACGACGAAAACGUCGCCGAAAGCAACGUGGGGGGAUCAUUCCUCUACUUUUAAUAGCUGGUAAGGCCCUUGCGUCGGCUGCCAUAAGCAGUGCAGCCAAAUACGGGGUCAAGAAAGCCUUGGAAAAGCGUAAAAAGAAAAAAGUGGGCAAGAUCAGUGCAGCGCAAUGGGCAGCCAAUAAACGACGGGUCCAACGGAUGUUGAGUCGAACAGGCUUACCCCCGUUGCGGACUCUAGGAAUGGUAUAAAAGAAACAUCUGGUUGGACACAAGACACCAAUUGAGGAUGGUCCGUGGACCCAACGGUCGCCGACAUCGUUAUGUCCCUCGAAAACGACGCCGGCGACGUGGAUUACAACGCGGCGCUAAGCUACCGCUUUUGGCAAUGGCUCUCUCGCCUUUGUGGCUCAGGAAAUACAAACCCAGAGUCCGUAUUCGACGCCCGGACUAACCGACGUCGACCCCAACGAAAAGCCGUUACGUUUGCUUUGGAUUGGGACGACCAGUAUGAAGCGGCCUUGUGUUCACGGUGUCGAGAUCACAUGCAACGGCAUUAUCAUGGCGAAUUGUGUGGCAGGUGUGGCGCCAUUUUUACCAUAAAUAGACCUUGGUCAUUGCCUGAACUCAAGAUUCAUCAUGGCCUGGCGCAUGGAACGUCAAGCCCCGUUCUUAAAAAGUGUCUUACAAGAAGCCAAUCAACACAAACGCCAAGAAUUGUUGCGGAUGGCUAAUGCGGAUCAGAUCAAUGCCAUCAGUGAAUUGGUGAUGAACACUCUCCGUGGCACGGUACCCCGUUCUCGACAGACCAUCACAUUGCUCAAACCUCAUGCCCAGAGUUUACGCGCUAUGGCCAAACCCGCCCAUUCUGUCAAACGACGACGCGCCAUCAUGAUGGCUCAAAAAGGGGGUGCCCUCUGGCCGGAACUCUACCGAUGUUAUAAACGUUGCAUGCGCUAGACCAGACCCCUCAGUUGCACUAUGGAACCCGAGAUGGUGAGCACCACGGUGGACAACGCCCCGGCUUUUUUACAAUUACGAGACCAGUACAAACAAGAAUUGGUGGAAGAUACCCGUUUGACUAAAGCGGCCUAUUUAGCGGCCAAACAACAUGUGCUGCUGACCAGCGAGGCCCCCGAUGCUUGGAAACGGCCUCAACUCAAAGCCGUGAGCCGUCAAUUACGCCAUUGGACCAAAAAAGUGCGCCAACCGUUUGGAGCCGCAGCUGGAGGUGUGAGUGCCGCAGGAGCCACGACCCCGGGCGACGAUGAUUUUGAGGCGGGCCCGAUGCAAGCCUGGUUCACGCAAUUGGUCAAGGCCACCCAGGGUAUAAAACAAGGCACCCCGACUCGUGGACCCAGAAAACCACCUGUCCCACCUAAACCGAAGAUCACCCCCAGUGCCAAAAAGAAACUCCAGUUCACGACCCCGUUGAGUAGUGAAGAAUUGGCGCACGAGUUGCCCUUUUCCGAGCAGCCUGGAACAGCCCCUUGGGAAACCCCCAAAGAACGUGUGGACACCCUCAAGCAAUCAUUCAAGCGCGGGAUUCGCAAAAGAGCCACGGGUGUUGCCAAAAAGAAAGCUGCAGGUUGGGCCAAGAAAGCGUUGGAGUGGAAAUCGUGGAAAACCCCCUAA